AUGGGCUGGGUCCAUAAUCUGACCGUCCCUGAUCCGCACAGUCAUGUUCCCCGCGUCAUUGCCGUCUGUUUGACCUUUUCCAUCACGGCCUGUCUGGCCGUGGCGAUGCGAUUGUACAUCCGGAUUGACAUGAAACGGUCCGCCUGGGUGGAUGAUUUCGCGUCGCUAUGGAGUGCCGUGUUAGCCAUGGCCUAUGGGGGGGUUGCAGUUGCGCAGACAAGAUGGGGAUUAGGACUGGAUUCCGCGUACUUUCCGGAUGAGAACGUGGUCAUGUUCAGCAAGAUCCAAUAUGCCGGCGGGCCGAUCUACACGCUGGCACUGCUGGGGUUCAAAGUCUCGCUGCUCUCAUCGUACCUCCGCAUUGGGGGGUUCGUGUCUGUGUACCGGGCAAUUAUCAUCGUGGCUAUUGUGGCCGUGGUGUGCAAUCAGUUGAUCUUUACGUUUCUGUUGUGUUUUGCAUGUGAUCCGGUAUCUCGACAAUGGGAUAUGACGAUUGAAGGGUCGUGUAUAGAUACUGUUGCUUCUUAUUACGCUCUCGCAGGAACCAGCCUCGGCUUCGACAUCAUCAUCAUUGCCCUCCCCCUCCCAGUCCUCUGGACCUUACAACUCCGUCUCCGCCAAAAGAUCGUCCUAGUCGGCGUCUUCGCCCUCGGCUUCUUCAUAACCAUAAUCCAAAUCAUCCGAAUCUUCACCAUCAAAAACCUCAAAACCUACACAGACAGCCAACCCAUCGUUCUCUGGUCCGACGUGGAAAUCUCCCUCGGCGUGAUUAUCACCUGCAUCCCGACCUACGGACCGUUCUUCCACGCGUUCGCAUCAUCCCUCUCUUCAUCGUAUAAUCAACAUUAUGGACAUCGGAAUAAUUAUACCUUUCAUGGCGAGAAUGGAUCACCGGGGUCAUCGACGUCCCCGCAUUCAUAUCAGUUACGGAAGGCAGGGACGGGGACGGGGACAGGGAACGGGGAAAAAGAGCGGAAGAAGAGAAAGCAGAGUCGGGAUUUGGCGGACGCGUCGUUGGAUGAGGUGGCGAGGGGGUUUGGGGUUGCGGUGGGGUUGGAGAGUGGGUUGUUGUUUGGGAGUGAGGGUUUGGGGGGGGAGGGGGAGGGUGCUGUUUCGAGGAGUGGGAGUCCCGGUUUGAGUGUUCGGCGGAGUGGUAGUAUUUCUCGGAGUGUGAGUAGGAGUCGAAGUCGGAGUCCUGGUCCUGGGUUUGGGGUCGGAGGCAUCGGGGGAGGCGGGGUCUGGGAUGGGGGCAGUGCGCAGACGACAGUCAUUAGUAGUUUGCCGAGGGCGAGGACGGCGGAGUCGAGGACCGGGAGUGAGGUUGGGUUCUUUGCAGCAGGGGCAGGGGAGGAUGGGGGCAUGUUGGAGGCGGGGACGGGGUUUCCGUUUGGGAGUCUUAUGGGAGGGGGGAGGGGGAUUACGAGGAGUGUGAGUGGGUGUGGGAGUGGGAGGGGAUUGCAGAUUCAGAAGGUGACGGAGGUGAGGGUUGAGAGGGAGUGA